UAGGUGGUAAUAGAUGACAGAGCGAUAAACAAAAUAUCCAAAUAUUAUCAUCAUCGUCUUCCCCAAAUUCUCUGGAAUGGACGAGAUCCUCUGCGACGAGCUCAUUCAAGAGACUUUCCGUCGUCUUCCACCGCCGUCCGCCGAAUCCAUAACCCUAGUUUCCAAGCGAUGGCUCCGACUGUAUCGAGCUUCACAGUCAUCUCUCUCCCUAACCCUCUCUUCUCGCAUUUGUACGCCAUCUCAACUCUCUUCUUUCCUCCUUCACUUUCGUUUUCUCAAUUCCUUAUCCAUCGUCGCCGUCGCCGAAACCCUAACUUUCUCCGAUCAACUCUUUCACGCCGUCGCCGAUUCUUGUCCUAAUCUUCGUCACCUCCGAUUUCAAUCAUCGCCGGUUUCUACUCUCCCCUUAUUUAACCUCUCUACUCGAUGUCCUCAUCUCACUUCUCUUUCAGUAUCCCUCUCCAGACCUCUUUUCUUCCCCUGGAUAAUCGGAUGUCGUAAUCUUAAGCACCUCUCCGUAACCUUCUCCGGGUCCGGCUCCGUCUCCAGCUCCGACGAAUUCGAAUUCCAAUCCCAAUCGAACGAUUUCGAUUAUCAUCUGAAAUUGGAGAGUCUGAAUCUAAUCGGGAUUAAACACGACGAUCAAGGACUCGAUUUCCUCUGGAGAAUAUGCAACAAUCUAAAGAAACUACAGCUCCGAUCCUGCGGAGGAAUCGGAACUGAUACAUCGGAAUCAUCGUUCAUCAAUUGCUUGAAGAACAUCCAAGAAAUUGAAUUAAGAAGUUGCAGGACAAUAUUAGAUCAAGUUCUAUCUCAACUAACCGAAAUCUCCACUUCUUUGCAGUCCUUAUUAGUCUACGAUGGAGGAAGUACAGAUGGAUUACGUCAAUUCAUCAAUAAGAACAAGUCAAACUUACAGAAACUUGAUUUACGGUUACCUCUCGAUCUAGACAACACGCAUCUCCUGUCAAUGGCGGAGAAGUUGACUGGAUUAUCCACGCUUAAGCUAGAGAAUUGCUGUCUAGUUACAGGAGAAGGACUCGAAGCUAUAUCGAUAUCCAUGGGAGGUUUUCUAGAAGAACUAUCGCUGGUGAACUGCGAUGUGGUGGAAAGAGAAGCAGGAUUGUUAUCAACGAUGGGACAGAAGUUGAGGAAAUUGAAGAAACUGGAUCUGUCUUACAACGAUUUGUUAUGGGAUAGAGAGCUUGCAUCAAUGCUGAUUUCAUGCAGUAAUUUGAUUGAAUUGAAGCUGAGAGGUUGUUCAACGUUGAGUAAUUUGACUAUGCUUACAAUAUGCAAGAGAUGUAAGAAAUUGGAAAACCUUGACGUAAGGGAUUGCGAUCGGAUCGGAGCAAAUGCGGUUGAGUUGCUUCUACUUAACUCGUUCCGGCUGAGAUUGGUGGCGGUGGAGGCGGUUAAGGUAUCGGAAACUGCCCGGCGAUGGGCUUUGAAUAGCUUUAUCGAAAUCAUAUUUCAUUGACCGCCGGCCGGCCGGCUGUAACUGGAACAGGUAA